GUCGCAACCUCCAAAGUCAAAUCCAGAGCUGACCGUGACGCAAAUCGUCACAAACCUGUCGGCCUACGAGAGUAAACGCCCAAGUGCCCCCAGAAUGGGAACGGCUUUAGAUCAAGCACGCGCCGCCUGGCUAACAGCGGCCGGGCAACCACCAAUCCAAGCAGCGGCAGCACACCACCACGGCAAUGCUCACCAUGGCAAGAGCAGCCAGCACGACCCGGACCCCGCCACGCCAGUAGUGACAACAGUAGCGCUGCCAGCACAGCCGCUGUGCAUUGCCGGCCAGCGCGUCCUCCAGACCCCAGAACUCUUCGAACUCAUCCUCGAACACGUCGACAUGGCUACGCUGCUGACUGCCGCUCAGCGCGUGAACCGCUACUGGGCCAAGUUCAUCCGCGAGUCGCCCAAGCUGCAGCGGGUGCUGUUCUUCCUGUCCGAUGACGGCGAGUUCAACCCCGGUCAUGGGACAGACUGCCGGCGCAACCCGCUCUUGGCGAGGUUCUUCCCUGGCUUGCUGGCUGUUGGACAGAGUGAUGCGGUGCCAGACAUGAGCGGAUUUGCUGCGCAGCCGUUUUGUCAGAGGCUCGACGUGUUCAUGAGGCCUAGCGCGUCGUGGCGAAACAUGCUGAUCGUUCAGAGGCUGCGAGAGCGACAGCAGCAACAUAGCCACCUCGGUCGAGAAGAAGGCAUUGGAGGACGUGGUGUUGGCGUAUGGAGUCGCACAAGGUCUCAAGGCGGAGAUGUCUACGCUUCCUCGACGUUGUACACAACUGGCAAGGUCUCGCAUGGCGGCACAGAGGAGACGAGCACGGGCAUGACGAUGGGCAGGCUCUACGACCUCGCCAUCAGCCACAUACUGGACGAGUGCUCUGUGACCGUGUACUGGCCUGGCGAGUAUGAGGCUUUUGUCGCGGUCGAGGAUGUCCCGAGGGAGGAGGGGGACGACGCUGAUGAAGAUGGACUUGGCCUCUCGGCAGACGAGACUGACAACACGAAUGGCGCUACGAGCACCGGUACACCGGAGACGGCAAUCACAAGCCGCGACUUCAGACGGGAGAAGCGCCGUCUUGCCAAGCAUGCGGACGUCAUCUGGGCCGUCUCUGGAGCUGCUUCUCGUGCCUACGCUAGAGACUACGACGCAGUGCAGGAGUUUACCGAGAAAUUCAUGCACGACGAGCAUCGCGGAACAAGGUGGAAAGAAGGAUCGGUGCCAUUGUGACAGGGAACAAGGUGGAACGCAUACCCUGCCGAGCAGAUUGAUUACAGCAUGAUGCGUGACUGAGAGUCGUGUUCUUGACCACAGAUUGAUGCGGAUGCGACAUAGUCAACGAACAGUCACAGCUCAGUUCCGCUUCAGACUGGGCUUGAAUUAGACAGCCAGAUUAGAUUGACAGGAACUUCUGGUAAUGUGCCCAUUGUGAAGCCCAGAAUUAAUGGAUUCCAGUCUCGUCAAGAUCACCCACAGGACGUCUCAGGCGACAAGAGUCCUUGAUACACCGCUCGUUUCCAAUGGCUUGCCUCAGG